CAAGAUUUUAAAGCCAUUUCCUUUGUUAAUUAAUUACGAAGCGUUGUAAGCUUGCAACAUACGUCUGCAUAUGAGUCCGCUGUUUGUAAAUUUUUGCAAACAUUUUAUUUGCUGCAAUUCGCACUGACGUUGAUUGGUUUAUAUACGAAGAAUAUUUUGCAUAUUUCCUUGGAGUAAUUUCGUGACAUGUACAAGGAUAACAAUUUCCUUACGAUUACAAAGGAUUUGGUUUGUUGAUACGAAGGUGGCUGUUUUUCCAUUUAAACUUUUUCAUCCUAACACGAAUUUCUUUCGUAACUUGAGGAUCCCUAUCAUAAUAAGUGUACUGUUAACACGUAACUGUACAUGGAUAACGAGAGACCACACUGCUUUGUCCGGAAUGAUUUGGGUCGCCGUUUCUUUGCGGAAGCGUUAGGUACUUAUAUUUUUGUGAUAUGCGUCGUUGGAUGCUUGGCACAAAUUAUCUUAGGGUCACGAGAAACGUUUCUUGCCGGGGAAGCUCCAAAUUUUUUCGUUGUAACUGUCGGUGAAGGAAUCGGGUUAGCUUUGGGAAUGUAUGUUGCGAGCGGAACAUCAGGUGGCCACAUCAAUCCGGCUGUUAGCUUCGUCUUUGCCAUCCUGGGAAAUCUGACAUGGAAGCAGCUACUCGUACACUGGAUAGCACAGUAUCUAGGAGCGUUUGCAGCCUGCUGCAGCGUAUAUGCGGUUUAUGCGGACGCCCAUUACCAUUUUAUCCAAGGAGCUACCGACUACGAAGUGAAAGCGGCUGGAAGCAUCUACGCAACCGCAUCUCAACCCUCAGCUACUUGGCUCGCAUGUCUCGUUAAUGUUAUGUCAAAUAGCGCCUUGUUCAUGCUGGUUUUUCUAGCUGUCAAUGACAAACGAGGUAUGUUUGGCCACAAGAGUCAUAUUCCAGGACUGGCCGGAUUACUCUUGACACUUAUUGGGCUGAGUUUUGGACUUUUGGGUGGUUCGGCUAUAAAUCCAGCACGCGAUAUUUCCGGUCGGAUAUUUAGUGUACUGCUUGGAUGGGAUUUUUUAAUCGAUAACCACUCUAACAAGGCAUGGUUCUGGAUGCCGGCCCUAAUUCCUCACCUUGGAAUGUUAAUCGGUGCUGCUUUGUACUAUUUAUUUGUGGGUAACCACUGGCCUCCUAACGAAUCAGCUGAACCGGAAUCUAAUCCUGAAGUGCCGGAUCGUCGAUCCAAAACGGACUUUAAUGAUGAACUCGAAGGCAUCAUUUUAGUGCGAAACAACACAAUUCAACAGAAAAGGACAGUAUUCACAAGGAACGUCAAGAUAAAGAAACGAUAAGAGUGUUAACAGAUCUGGAGGGGCACAAAAACUUAAAUGGUAACGCGCACGAUACUACCACAAUCAGUAACCAUUGAUCGUCAGCAGAAUUUAAUCUUUUGUUCAUUUAGUUAUAAUAAUACGAUAAUUCACUCUAUCUUGUAAGUGCAUCUUGUGUUCGCUCAUCAUAUUUGUUUUUGGUUAUCCAUAUAAUUAUCAUUUCUGUUCAACCUUUAACGGUUUAGCGCAGCUGUCAUGUAAAAUAAGAACUAACCAUAGUGAUUCGCGACUUCCGCAUCAGCCCAAAAGGAUUUUGAUAUCUAGUUUUGACCAUUACGGAUGGACAGUGGACAAGUGCCAU